AUGCUCGCUGCAAGGACGGUCCCGCUGCUCGCCCUGCUCCUCACCCUCUCCCCACGCUGCGAUGCAGCCCCUUACGCACCGUCGGAGUGCUGCUUCAGUUACACAAAGUCCGCUUUCCGGCUGGCUAACCUGAAGAGUUUCUACAAAACUCCCAAGGAGUGUUUUUCCCCAGCAAUUGUGUUUGAGACCAGGAACGGGACCAAGGUCUGCGCAAACCCAGAGAUGACCUGGGUGGAGAGAGCAGUUGAGAGGCUUCAAAAACGGAACGGACUUCGUGCCCC